AUGGUGAACAGCAUUCCCAAAAAUCCAGAUGACUCUGAUCCAGAGACACAGCAUCUAUUAGCAGGGCACAAAAACCCAGAUGACUGCGAUCUAGAGACCCAGCAAAUCUUAGCAGGGAAUGCGCAUUUCCAUCGUCUCGGAUGGAAGCGCCUCACUAUCAUCACGAUCGUUGAGGCGAUCGCGCUCGGCAGUCUUGGGCUUCCGUCUGCCUUCGCAGCUGUCGGAAUGGUUCCAGGUGUCAUCUUGACAGUUGGUAUCGGCUUAGUUGCCAUGUACGCUGGAUAUAUCAUCGGCCAAGUGAAACUUAGAUAUCCUCAAGUUGCCCACUAUGCAGAUGUCGGGCGACUGUUAAUGGGCAGUUGGGGAUCUAAAAUCUUCGUAGGCAGCUUUGUUGCCUUGCUUGUGUGCGUUAUUGGAUCGCAUACCUUGACAGGUGCCAUUGCGUUCAGGACCAUCGCGCAGAGCGAAUCUUGCUCGCUUAUAUUCAGCAUUGUAUCUGCUGCGAUUCUGAUGUUACUCGCUGUUCCGCCUUCAUUUUCGGAAAUUGCCAUUCUCGGUUAUAUCGACUUUGCUUCUAUUGUGUUGGCUAUAGGUUUUACUAUGGUUGUGACUGGAAUUCAAGGCUCGGGUACCUCAGAUUGGUCUGCCUGGCCAAAACCCGGUCUUUCUUUCACUGCGGCUAUUGUGGCUGCCAAUAAUAUCGUCUUCGCGUAUUCGUUUGCUGGCUGUUUGCCUUCUUUUAUGGAAGAGAUGCAUACUCCUAAGGAUUAUACCAAGGCGAUGUGGUGGCUCGGAGGAGUUCAAAUCGUCAUUUAUACUCUUACUGGAUCGCUGAUUUAUGCCUUUGUCGGACAAGAUGUGCAAUCUCCAGCUUUGCUAUCGGCAGGACCCCUGUUUUCAAGAGUGGUGUUUGGCAUCGCGCUCCCAGUGAUCUUCAUCUCAGGAUCUAUCAACACUACUGUGGUUUGUCGGUAUAUUCAUGGAAAGGUGUAUCAGAAAUCAGUUGUUCGCUUCAUCAACACCCCUAAGGGAUGGGUUACAUGGCUCAGCCUUGUGCUUUUCGUUACAGUGAUAGCGUGGGUUAUUGCCGAGGCUAUCCCCAUUUUCUCCUACUUGUUGUCCAUCAUUUCGUCUCUGUUCGUUUCUGGACUAUCAUUCUAUCUUCCGCCAAUCAUGUGGUAUGUCCUCUUGCGAGAAGGCGAAUGGUAUGAGAAACACAAUUUGAAGACUGCCAUGUGCAAUGCGGUAGUGUUUGUGAUUGGUAUGAUUAUUUUUGGAUGCGGUACAUACGCCAGCAUGGCUGAGUUGAUUCAUGAAUUUCAGUCCGGAUCAAUAAGCAAGCCUUUCACAUGUGCGGCCUAG